AAUCAAAAGUGACAUUUACGACUGAUUGCUAUGAGCGAGGCGAUGUUUAUAGAAUUUGAAACCAAACAAAGGCCAAUUAGUAAUUAAUUAUACGUUUCGAAGCGAAGAACAGUUUAUCACAGUAUCCCUAUGUUAUUGUAAAAUAUCUGUCGUAUAUGUUAAAGGAAAUAUCUACUGUUUUAUAUUUAAAGUAUCGAAUAUGAAGAUAAUAAUAAUUUCCAUGUUAUUGGGGAUAUGUUGGGCCAGAAAGUUGCAAAUUCGAGAGGCAGGACCUACCUAUGUAUGUUCUCACUGCCAACCAGAACAGAUACAUAUUGCCUUUGGAGAAAAAGUAAAUGACAUUGUGGUAACAUGGUCGACGUUCAACGACACGCAGGAGUCGCGCGUGCAGUACGGAGUGGGUAUCAUGGACAAGGAGGCGAUUGGCUCUAGCAAACUGUUCAUAGACGGAGGCAAGCUCAUGCGCAGCCAGUACAUACACACCGUCACUUUGAAGGACCUUAAGUUUAACACAAGAUAUGUGUACCACGCGGGCUCUGUGUACGGCUGGUCGGAGGAGUUCUCGUUCCACACGCCGCCUGCAGGUGAGGACUGGCCCGUGCGCGCUGCCAUCUACGGAGACAUGGGUAACAAGAACGCACAUUCUCUAUCCUACCUCCAAGACGAGGCUCAACGUAAUCACUUCGACAUGGUGCUCCACGUGGGAGACUUCGCUUACGACAUGGACUCCAAUAACGCGCUGGUCGGAGACGAGUUCAUGCGACAAAUACAGCCACUGGCCGCCAUCGUGCCUUACAUGACCUGCCCUGGAAACCACGAACAGGCAUACAACUUCAGUAACUACGGAGCUCGCUUCACGAUGCCCGGCCCGGACUCGACUCUGUUCUACAGCUUCGACCUGGGCCCAGUGCACUUUGUGUCCAUCUCUACUGAAGUAUAUUACUUCACACACUACGGACUGAAGCUCAUCGUCAACCAGUACAAUUGGCUCAGGGAGGAUCUUGCGAAGGCCAAUCUACCGGAGAACAGACGGCGUCGGCCGUGGCUGGUGGUGAUGGGGCACCGGCCCAUGUACUGCAGCGAGUCCAACGACAUCGACUGCAGCUGCGAGUAUACGAGGACUGGACUGCUCGGCGUCUAUGGCCUGGAGCCCCUCCUGAUGGAGUUCGGAGUGGACCUGGUGAUCUGGGCGCACGAGCACUCGUACGAGCGGACCUGGCCGCUCUAUGACAACAAGGUCUACAACGGAUCCUAUGACAAGCCCUAUGUUAACCCUGGAGCUCCAGUGCACAUCAUUACUGGGUCGGCUGGUUGCCAGGAGGCUACUGAUCCCUUUAGACCGGACCCGAUGUCGUGGUCCGCGUUCCGCAGCAGUGACUACGGGUACACGCGCCUCGUCGCGCACAACAAGACGCACGUCUACAUGGAGCAGGUGGACGUGGAUCUGAAGGGCAAAGUAAUCGACUCGUUCUGGCUCGUCAAGAAUCAGCACAAACCUUACAACAUCAAACAUUAAACAAUAAAAAUACAAUUACUCUAGUUUGACAUCAAUUAAAUACUAUAGCUAUGUUAGUUCAUUGGUGAUCUAAAUGAGGCUAGAAUAAAUAGAGCUAGGGAUGACCAUAUCAUUAAACUUUUCUAAGGAGGUUUUAUUUCUCAAUGUGACUGUGAUUUGAAUGUUUGAUGUAUGUAUGUAUGAAUACAUUGAAGUAUUAAUAAUCUCAUUUAUUAUGAACUUUUAGUAUUAAUACUAAUGUGAUAUUUUUUACAGAACAUUUUCCAAAAUUGUUAUAUUUACAUCAUGUCUUGUGUAUGUUUGUACAAGUGUUUUGUUCGUACAAAUAAAUUACGUUUUGAAUACAAUUAUGAAUAGUUUUAGUGUUUAGAAAUUAUGAAAAAGUAGAGGUGUAGAAUGCUCUGUUAUCCCUUUUAGUUUUGUAUUCAUAAUAUAAUCGACUUAUGAUAGUAAUUUUAUGAAUUGUAAAAUAUUUUUUAUCAUAUUUCAUAUAGAAUUAAUUAAUUAAAUAAAUAUUCCAUGUACAACUUUUGUUUCAUUUUAAUUGGAUUAUCACACCAGUCACAAGACAUCCGAUUAGAAGCGAUUUGCAUCCAACGGGUCAAUGCGACCUUAAGUGAUAACACUGAAGUCAUUUUGAAGGUACAACGUAAUGAAGGCAAACCCGUUUGUCCUUAGCAGAUGCCGAAAUGUAGCUCAAGAUCCGAUGUCCUCCGUCAUUCUAGCUGUCAGCAAAAAUCUGUGAAAUGGUUUGACUCGAAGUUUUCUAUUGGAUAAAAACGUUAGCUCUCAUUGAUAUCUUCAGAAGACUACC